AAAUUAUUCCUCAAUAACAAAAUUUACAUUACUAAAGAAACUAAUUAAUAAAUAAAUAAUAUAGCUUAUUUGUAAAUAAAAAUUAACAUUGCAUGGAAACAAAAUUAACCAAACUUGUUAACAUUUUGUGCAGCACACACAAAAUAAUUGAAGCAAAGCCUGAUUUACCUAAAAGCAUUUUAUUGAUUUAUAUCAUUAUAUUUGUCUGUUAGCAUAAUAAAAUUUCUUGAAGUUUUUUUAAAUUACUAUUUCUUUCACUACCUCCCUUAGUAAAAUGUAAAUUCAAUAUUAUGUUUAACCUGGGAACAAAUAAAUGAAUAUAUAAAUGCAUUUCAAACAACUACAGUAUUAAAAAACAAAAACCGGAUCUUAUAGGCUAAUAACAGUCGUAUUGGUGAAAAAGGAUUAAUUAAACCUCAACAAUGAAUAUACUUUGUAAAUAUCAAAAUAGCUGAUUCAAUCAGCGAAUAUAAAUUAUUUGUAUUUGUAACAGUUAGCAUUAGGUUUCUUAAAUUUAAGCCAGUAUUUAAGUCGAAAACAUAGUCUUCCAGACAAAAAGAAUCAAACGGUAAUGUAUUCUUCUCAAUUAAAAGCAAAGGCAUGAACACCAAGAUAAAGAAAAUAUUAAAAUGUGGAACAAUGAGCAAGGAUAUGCCAACCAACCAAGUGGGAAUUCUGUUCAUGAGGUUUAGUUGGGGCAACUUAGUUUGUCAGGGCUUAUUGAGUGGAGUUGUAAAUUAAGACAUGAACUGAACCGCGAAUACUUGGAUUGGGAUGUGAAGCAUCCUACCCAUGGUACACAAGAUCGAAGCAGGUGGCAUAGCGUUAAGAUGAGUUUUCAAUCUAAAGAUGCUUUCACACCGACUGUAUCAUUGGACAAGAUGCUUCAUCUACGUUUGACUUUCUUUACCCAGAAGUAUAAAAUGAUACCUGGUAGGUGGUGAAUGAUUAUCAGUAGUGCUAAACUACAUGCAUAUCUAAAAAUACUCCCAAUUGAGAGGAGGAUAUUGCACCCUCUGCAUCCAAUAACCAGGAAAAACGCGUUUAGUAGUUUUUUUAUAAUCGGAUAUGUGCACUAUAUAAAUCUACUAUUAUUAAAUUAUCAAUCCUUGUAAAGUAUAGUGUUUAAUUAAUAUAUUUUUCACAUUAUAAUUGGAGUUAUAAAAUCGAAUGAUUAUGAAUAAAGUAUGACGUGUUAAAAUGUACCUCAAAUAAUACAUUAGUGGAAAGGACAUGAUUAGCAUUAGGUAAAAUUCAGUAUUAAGUAUAAUGUAUUUGUCAUUUUACAUUAAAAUACAUUUGCAAAAUCCACACAUAAAUACAUAAUAGCAGAAUAAAAACAAGAUAACAAUAUCAGGUAAUAUAUUAUUCCUUGCCGGGCGCCAUCGCGGUUUUUCUAGAUCAAAGUUUCGGGGCAUGGACUUGAUAUUUUCAUUGUAUUGUAAUGGCUUAAACUACUAUAAAAGGUGACGUAUUCUGACUAAUAUCUACACAAAUAUCAAACAUUAAAACAUUCAUUUUACACUCUUAUAUACUUUUACAGUAAUCUAAAAUCCUUUUUACAGGAAUAUUUUGAAUGCAUAUGAAAUACAAUGAUUACAUCACGCAAAUAAAAUACAGUAUAAGUAGCCUGUUAUUAAUAUGUGGUAAAUCCUGUAAUUAUAGUUUACAGUAGCAAAAUUGUUCUAAUACUGUAUUUUAUUACCUUAACAAUUUGCAAUGAUAUUGCAAAACUGUAUUGUAAACACAGUAAAAUGUUUUAAUAGUGAAUGAACUAUCCUCACCAUAAAAUUGUGAGCGUUUAACAUGGUUUAAACCAACAUAUAACAUAACCCCUGAUACUGAAAAUCUGGUUCAUCCCGUUGCUUUUAUCACACUCGCGUGACGUGCCUUGUUUAUCUGAAUGGAUACAUAGUACAGACACUGUUUCCUUUUGAUUGGCAGUUGCUGGUUUGGCUUAUAUAAUUGUUGAGGUUUAUAAGCAGGCACAUUUCGUACUUCAGUACACGCAACUUCGCACCACUUAUCGUAAAACAAUCCAGUUACUUUUCCAUACACCGAAAGCAAAAUGUCGACAGUUGGCUUUGAAGCUGUUGAGGGUUCUGGGACAUGCUUACCAACCCAAGCUCCUCUUUCUUAUUCUAUCGAUUAUAUACUAGGAUCGCAAGAAAGAUCACAGACGAACAUUUUGUCUACACCACUUCUAACCUGUGUUCCUCUACGAGAAGAAAAUAUCAAGACACAUUUAGGUAUUUCUGAAAGCGCUACCUGUUCAAUCAAAAAAGAUGAUGAUUUGCAAUCAAAGCGACAGAAAAUCUCAAAAAAUAUAUCAGACGAUAUGAAGUCCGACGCCGCCAUACAAGCAAAAGAUGACAUCAGUUGCAAAAAUGCCAACAACGAGCAAAAAAUAAUACACCCACGGACUCGCACUCGGACCCGUACGACAUUUACGGCAUUUCAGCUUUACGAACUUGAAAAUGCUUUCGAACAAUCAUACUACCCGGAUGUACAGGUUAUGGAAGAAUUAGCAGUAAGGGUUAAUCUGUCAGUGGUCAAAGUUCAGGUAUGGUUCCAAAACAGGCGAGCAAAGUGGCGGCGCCAGGAGAAAGAAACGGCACAUGCAAUCAAACUUCAACACGAUUGUCCGCUCAACUCACUUCAACAUAGCAUGUCGGCAAGUAAGUCGAACAUCCAUCAGCGACCAAUCAAACCGUGGUUUACUUCGCCAUUACUAGGUUCCACUGGUUUUUACUUGCAGUAUCCAAGAAUUCUACCUCGUCAACCGGACUUAACUCCUCUAAGACCCUGGAGCGCUGCGGGAUUUUCUUUAUUUCCCUCAGUAUGGGAUGUCAAGCUAUCAAGAACAGGCCAGCAAAAUAUUACCAAUACUUUGGCUUUGCCCAGUAGAUGUUUUCCGUUGCGUGAUACAAUUCACGACGAUAGUUGUAAAUAACGCAGUUUUCAUUACUAAUGGUUUACGCAUAUUUAUUACACAUAGUUCAUGACAACAAUAUCCAAUAGUAUUAAACAUAAUAAUACGUAAAUGAAACCCAUUAUGGAUAUAUUUUUAAGUUUUCCAAAGAGUACAGGUUACUUCAUGGUGCAUACUACUAUAUGUAUUAGGACGGAAGGGAAACACAGCUUAAGCUUACGUUUUAAUGAAGACCGCGAAGUAAAAAAAAAAAAAACCGCGCGACGGAUCAUGUUUUAAUCAAUGACCAUCUACGCAACGAUCCAUUGCCACACUGAAAAUCAACAGCCAGCGUCACGUCAACAACUGCAGUGAUUGAAAAUCAUUCUGGUAGCUCCAGCUAAGUGUUAAUUUAACAAAAAGGCAGUACAUACCAAUUUU